GUGAAAACGCGCCAAGAUGGAAAAAUUGGAAAGCGUGGAUGGGUUACAAAACGGAACGAGGGACUGAUGGAGCAAGAAGGAAAAGAUGCAGAACAGGAGGAAGAGGUUAUACCAUCCUCCCAAGGGGAGAUGUUUUCUUCCCAAUCGAGUACUCCAGAUCUGCUCUCACCUGCACAUCUUAUUCCAAUACUGCAGCCGUCGCAAUCGCUCAGUGGCAAUGAGAUGGGCACACCUCAGCAUCCAAGGUCGGCGGAGCUGCUGGCCUCCACCCCCUCAGCGUUGCGACCGGACGCCGACAGCUCGCCCGCCGAGGUCCGUCUCGACGUGUCGGCCGCCCACUCGGAGGCCUGGCUCGACCUGUCGGAGACCCCGUCCGAGGUCCGGCUCGAUCUGUCAGCGACGCCCUCGGAGCCGGGCCCGGAGCGGCCGGCCGGCCCGCUGAAGCGGCCGCGCUCUGCCGACGCGGCGGUUCCCACCCCGGAGAAGAGGGCGCGCACGGCCGCCGCCGGCGCGGACGACUCGGACAUACAGUUUGUGGAGGAGGUGGCGCCGGACGUACAGGUCGUCUUCAACUCGCAGGCGGCCGAGUCGGCGCCGCUCAGUUCCGCCGCCGAGUCGCAGGCCGACCUCCGACUCUGCCUGUCGCCGUCCCAGUCGGAGGAGGUGUCUCAGCUGCCGGCCGCGCCGCCUGCCGGCUCUCCCGCGCCGGCCGAGGCCUCUGCUGAACAGACUAGCGAGCCGCCCGGGCCCAGCUGCCCGUCUGCGGACACGCCGUCCGACGGCGGUGCCGCGCCAGCUGCCGGCGGGGCGCCUGGCCGCGUCCGCACGCCUCCGGCCGCCGGCGGCUCCGGCAGCUCCGGGCCGGCCGUCCGCCCGCCGGAGGAGUCGCCGGCCUCCUCGGACAGCCAGGGUUUCCAGCCGGCCACCGAGCCGGGGUGUGACGCCGCCGGGGUGCGGCUGCCACACAUCCAGACACCCCAGGUGGGCAGCAGCGACUCGGUCUCGCCCGAUGGCGACACCGUGUUCGGCCAGGCGCAGCGGCUGAUCGAGGAGCAGAACCGACAGCAGCAGCUGCGGGCCGCCGACCCGGAGGGACCCUCGUCCACCGCCGCUGCCGGGCAGCGCGAGACGCCGGCGGCGGUCACUCUGGAGUCGACUGAGCCGUCACCGGCGGCGGCAGAGGGCGAGAAGCCGCCCUCCACAGCGAACAGUGAGAACCCGUCGUCAGGUGCAAUGGAAGACGAUAGCCGGUCAUCAGCUGUUGAUAAAUCGUCUAUCGUGGUGGACAGAGAGAAUCCGCCGGCUGCUACGGGUGAGGGCGGCAGUGCUCCGUCAGCUCGGGAGGCGGGUGAGCAGCCGCCGCCGGCUGCGGAGGCCGGGGAGAAACAGGAGCGGGAAGGAGAGCCGGUGCCUGCGACGGAGGAAGAGCCGGUGCCUGCGGCCGCUGUGGCAGAGGGCGCGCUCUCUCAGCCCGCGGCGGACGGCCUGCGCCCGGAGGACACGGCCGAGAGUGCCGAGCGGGAGCUGGGCGAGGACCCGCUGCCGGCCGCCUCCGACCCGUUCCGGUUCCACGGCACCCAGUCGCAGGAGACGCAGCCCUACCGCCUCCGACCGGUCAUCAAGAACAUUCUGGCCGAGAAGAAGCGACUGACCGAGGAGGGCUACUCGCUGGCGGAACUCACCUGGAGCUGGAGCUGGCGCAAGGGGGACCAGGAGGUAAAGCAGACGUUUCCUCUUGACGAGCACGACGGCGCCGAGCUGCUGCGCCGCAUGGCCUCGUCCCAGCUGCUGUCCUCAACAUCAUCGAGCAGUCUGAGGAGCACGUCCACCUGUGGCGGCCACGCGGCGGACGUGUCCUCCAAGUCGAGCGGCGACUCCAACUCCAGCUGCAACAAACGCCAGUCGACGCUGACGUCGGUGACGCUGUCGACCAUCGACGGCCGCGGCGGGCGGCUCUCGGUCUCCUCGUCAUUGGACGCGCUGCCGCUGGCCGGCCGCCGCUCCGUGAUGUCCGUCCAGCCCUGCUCACCGGGCAGCGACGGCGAGCCGGCGGCCGUCUCCUCGCUGCGCACGGACCUGGAGGAGUCGGUGGGCUCGCAGCUGCCGCCGGGCCUGGUCAGCCCGCCGGCGGCCACCUCCACGCAGGCGGAGCGCUCGGCCGCCUCGCAGAGCUCGAGCGCCAGUCAUGUGACCGGCUCGACACCGAGUCCCGAGGUGGCGCUGCAGCCGGCGCUGCCGGUCCGCCCGCUCACCGACCAGGAGGAGGAACAACUGAGCGAGCACGAGCAGAGUGAGCUGGCGCACAGGACACUGGAGCCCGACAUGCCGUGUUUCGGGCUGUGGGCCGACCGCACCUACUACCCGGGCCGACUGGUGUCCGAGGCGCGCGCCGACCGCUGGCUGGUACGGUUCGACGACGGCUCGGAGCGACACGUGCCGGCCGACCACGUGCUGCCUGUCACCAACCUGUGGAAGGGCCUGUCCGUGUUCGUGCAGAACCAGCGCAACGUCUACGAGGCGGGCCUCAUCACCGGACACCGCAUGUCUUCGGGCGCCGAGCCGCUCGAGUACAUCGUCUCGCUGGACUCUCAGCCGAGCGUGAUGAGCGCCGUACCCCGCUCGUGGCUGUCGCUGACCAUGGACCAGGCGGCCCUGGUGCGCGAGCGGCGCCAGCCCAGCCUGGGACAGCUGGCCGUCGGGUCGCCCUCCCGGCACCUCAGUCUCGAUAACCUGGUGACGGGCCGGCGCCGGGCGGCCGGGCCCGCCGGCGGACGCCGGCUGGCCAACUUUGAGACGAGCGCCAGUGACGCGGCUGCCGACACCGCCUCUGGCGACACGUCGAGAACGCGCCGCGCCGGCUCCAAGUCGUCACUGUCUCGCCGUAAGAAGGGCGCAGCGAAGAAGGCGGUCACCAUCGCGCCCGGGCCGGCCACGGACCUGUCAGCUGCCGCGGAGCCCGCCGGCGCUGCGGAGGCCGGGGCGGCGACAACCAACGGCGACUCGAGCGGAGCGCCGGAGGACGCCGAGCCGGCGCCGGAGGCCGGGACGGCCGCCCCCGCCAGGAGGACGCCCGCCAAAGGCAAACGCGCCAGGCUGCAGCGGGGCUCCAAGGCGGACAGGUCGGGCGGCGGCUCCCCGGCGGCCGGCAGCCCGAGCACGCCGGGCCCAUCGGCGGCCGGAUCGGCAGCCAAGUCGCCGACGGCGAGUGGCCGCCGCGGCUCGCGGCAGAGAGCGGCCUCCACCCCAUCAACGAGCACCGCGACUGCCGGCGGCGCGGAGGUGGCGUCGACCUCUGCGACGCCCAGCGGACGAAAGAAGCGCGUCACCGCCUCCACGCCCACCGAAGAGGCCGCUGCCGCCGCCGCCACACCCAGCGGACGGGCCAGGAAGCGCGCCACGACCUCCACACCGACAGACGAGGCUGCUGCCGCCUCUGCCGCUGCCACUGCGACGCCCAGCGGACGAAAGAAGCGCGCCACUACUUCGGAGCAGAAGGCUGCCGGAGCUGCGGCCAAACGGGCCAGCGGCUCGGCACAGAAGGCCUCGCAGCCCAUAGCGACGCCGGUGAGCCGCAGCGGCAGGGGGAGGAAGCGGGCCGGUGCGGCCAGCCCCGCCUCCGAGGAGCCGUCCCCGCCGGGCGAGCAGCCGGCCGGCCCGGCGGUAGCGGCCACCGCCGGCCGCCGCAGCCGCAAACGGCUGGCGCUGAGCCCGUCCGCCGAGACCAGCGCCACCGAAUCCAGCCACACCGAGGAGGGCGCGCCUCCGGUGCGGCCGCUGGGAGAUCUACCCGACGCUCCGAGCUCCCUGUUCGCCAAGCACACCUUCAUCCUGACGAACGGCGGCGCCGCUCACGGAGACGCCUACCGGAAGCGUAUGAAAAGGAAACUGCGCCCGCCGUUCGACAAGGAGCACGUGACGGAGCACAUCGAGGCGCGCUGUGGCCGCGUGCUCUCGGACACCACGCUGACGCCGGAGGCGCUGGAGCGGGUGCGCGCUCAGGGCGACCUGCUGCUGCUGGCUAACGGGCCGGUCCGCACGCCCAAGUACAUCUCCUGCCUGGCGAUGGGCGUGCCGUGUGUGCUGUAUACCUGGCUGGAGGACUCCAUCCGACGGAACGAGUGCCAGGCGUACGAGGACUACCUGCUACCGGCCGGCUUCGACCCGGCCACGGGCGAGGAGCUGGACCAGCUGCUGGGGCUGGCUGGGCCGCCGCCGCUGGCCGGCCUCUGCGUGCUGCUGGCCGCCGCGGACGACUCCGAGUGGGGCCACAUGAUGGCCGAUGUGCUGGCCGCCGCCGGAGCGCGCGUCAAACUGGAACACCAGGACCCGGCGGCGGCUGCGCUGCCGUUCGCGCCGGACGUGGUGGUGGCCGAGGCCGACUGUCCGGCGCCGGUGCUCGGCUGGGCGCGCCUCUGCGAGACGCCCGUGGUCUCCGGCGAGUGGGUGGUCGGCUGUGUGGUGGCGCACCGCCGGCUGGACUACCGCGCCCGGCCAGAGUUCGACCACAGCGUGCGGCCGGCCACCGGCUGACACGGCGGACGGCAGACCCCGGCCGACGGCUGCUGACCACUGCAGGUGGCGGCCGGCGGACCCCACCCACUGCCGGCGGCGGGCGUCUGCCCACUACCCGUGAGGGAUGUCCCCCACCGCCGACCCUACCCCGCGGAAUACUGCGCGAUUCCGCUGUCACGCCGCAGUUUCAUCUGCAACACAAACUUGAUACUGCUUUUAGCCGAGUUUUUUUCAGCGUUUGUUGGAAUCGCUGGGUAAUCUCAGCGAUUUCCGUUAGCUCUUUGCGUCAGUACCGUUGCUUGUUGGCGCUGGCCUAUGGUGUCGCUGGCCUGUGGUGUCGCUGGCCUGUGGUGUCGCUGGCCUGUGGUGUCGCUGGCCUGUGGUGUCGCUGGCCUGUGGUGUCGCUGGCCUAUGGUGUCGCUUUGCCCGGCCGCUGUGAGCUGAUCCAGCAGCUGUGACGUGGUGCCAUUGGCGGGACUCUGCGGGCCGGGACUGCACGGGGAUGGCUGUGAGCGGGGCCCGGGAGUGGGGUCCGACCCCGGCAGUCAUAUCGUCUGGACCCGGUGGACCGUCCGCGCGCCGGUCGCCUGGGAGUACCAGUGACCCGAGACUUCACUGCCGCCGCGGCGCAUCGCAGUUGGGGUGAUUUUAAGUCGAGACGAAAUGUUUGCGGGCGUAGUGUUUUAGAAGCGAGUUGUUGUUCCAUCGGUAUGAUGGUGUGCCGUUUUUGCUGCUUGCUCAGCUCGACGACAGGCUUGUUCGCCGAAACGACAUGUGUAAAUUCUCUUCACCUCCCACCUGCAUUGCAACGCAUUUGUUCCCACUCAUGACACAUGUGAAGUGUGAGUUGGUAGUGUAAGGCUCGAUUUUGAAAUCAUAUCAUCGCUUCUAGAGGCUUACGUCUGAACGUUGCAAUAUAUGCGAGCUUGACAACGAA